UGCCAAUGUAUGUGUGUGACAGCAAAAGUUAAAAAAUUUUCCACUCGAGUCUAAAGGGUUUUUGUUUUCAAUAAUUAUUUUUUUGGUUUUCUUAAGAUUUUGGCAAUACACUAUAGUUAAAAGAUAAAAAUGGCUAAAUAAAUAAUGAACGGUUUUGUUUAUAAUUUACCACCAGCAAACGUGCCAGAAGUUAAGUGUGAAAAAAAAGAUUUGCAGGGAUAUUUGGAAUUGGAAGUGAGUCUCAUUAAUUUCAUAACCACAACGAACACAAGCAUUAAAUCGGAAUUAAACAGUAGAAAACUACCAGCAAAAAAUAUAAUUAGCAUAGUUGAAAAACAAAGGGAACGAAAUUCGAAAGACACACCUUUGAAAAAUGUUAUAAUUAAUAAUAAUUACAAAAAUAGUGCAAGUGUUAAUGAAAUUUCUAAAGAAAUAGUGUCUAGUAUACAGAACCACGAAGUGCAAGGAGAAGAAAUAGGAAUCAGCAAUCGGUAUAACACAUUAGACAGUGUACAAGUGAAAAUUGUUUGGUGUGGGGAACGUACGGAAGACGCCGCCAAUAUAUCCAUCAGCUGUAAAACACAACAGACGCUAAACACAGCAGAAAAUUACAAAUUAAAGAGCAAGAGAAAAUACAAUCAACAUUUAAAAAGGCACCACCAAGACCAGAAACAUAAACAACAUUUGCUAUUGUCUGCCAAUAAUAAAUUGCGGUACCGUAUUUGUACGAGUGGCGCGCUAUUCUUAGAAUACUUGCGUUCUUGCAAACCUAUUGAAAUUAUUGUCACUGGUGGUAGUAGUAGCAGUUGUUCAACAACAGCGAAGCCCCUGGGACAAGCACAAUUGCGUUUGCCUUUGGUGUUGCUGAAAAAAUUCAACCAUAACAUUGUCAAAGGUCAUAAUUUUGAAUACAAAACAAAAGUGUAUACUUUAUAUAAACAAAAUCUGGAAACGGUUGAUAAAGCUCUUGUAAAAUCCGGUGAAAUACAAUUAAGAUUUAAAAUGUUAUUUGCUCCGACGGCAGCCGCCUCUGCUACGGCAGUAGCCACAGCUCAACAUGGAAAUGUUAUACAUGAGAAACAUCAUCAUUGUCACCUCCAUCACAAUCAUCGUCAUCAUUUGGGUGGCAAAGCCACCAAGGUGCCAGAAGUUGUUCAAGGUGACAUCCCUAAACGUUUAACUUCACAGACAAAAUCUGAAGAGAUUGUGGAAGCCAUGAAGAAAUUAGACGCUAAACUGGUGGCCUAUUUGGCUGGGGAAACAGAAAUAACUUCAAAACUUACCAACUGUGAGGAAGAAAACGAAGUCAAUUUAAAUUUGGAAAACCAUAAUAAUUCCAAUAAUUUAGAGGACUUGUUGCCUGCUACAAAACUGAACAUCUUCAAAUCAAUUGAUGGCAUUAAAUUGGAAAUGGAGGCAUUAACUUUGCAACCGGAGGGCACAAAAUGCAUGCAUCUAAUGCAAAACGAAAUCGAACCCAUUUUCACCGUGGAAUGUCAACUGUCUAAUGAGCUUAUUAAGCUAGUGCCACGCCACGACAUGUUCCACAUUAUGCAAUUCGAAUCGGAGAAAUUCCAAAGUUUAACCCAAUGCACACGUUUUGGCCAAAAGGCUGAACGCUCCAUCAAACUGGAUCUGAAUGAAGAAUUGAGUGACGAGAACGCCAAUGAAACUGAACUGGAUUUUGGUCGCAUACAUUUUACUGUAUGGUGGCGUGAGUCCGGCACUUGUCUCAAUGAAAUGCUAGGCAUGGGCGCCUUGGAUUUAAAGGAUCUGUACAAUGCCUCACUGCUGGAACAGUGCAAGCGCAUUGAAAUCCAAAGACGUGGCAAACAUUUGGCCUGUCUGUACUUUAAAAUAAUACUACAACGCGACGGCAUGAAAUCAUCAGCCCAACAAAUGAAACGUGAAUUGUUUUUGCCAAAUCAAAUCUCCUCGGAUAGUGAUAGUGAGAAAACCCCAGCAACUGAUAAGAAUAAAACAUCCACCACUGGCCAGCAACAGCAACAAACAGCACAAUGUGGUUUGCCAAUGAAUGCUGCCGCCACCAGCAGCAUCAGUGGUACCGACAAAGCCUCUGCACAAAAUAACAAUGUUAAAUUUGAAACCACAAAUUUUGAUGAUGAAACCUCUAAGAUACGCUUACUUAAAGGCUUUAUAAGUGCCAAUGAAACUAGAAACUUGGAAAUCUCCCUGCAACCGCAAACAAUUUUAAUAUGUCGGCGCUUUUGGUUGGACGAACCGGCCACAGCAAAAGCCGAUGAAUGUAGCAAAUUUAAUUACCAAGAGCAAUUCUCCGUUAUCAACGAUGAAAAGUUUUUACAACGUGUGGACAAACAAUACUUAAACUUGGAGCUGUGGCAGCGCAUGAGCUCUGAUGAUGGCAAUGGUAAUUUGGAAGAAAAUGCACAACCUGUGGGUAUGGUACGCAUGCCUUUGCAUCAGUUUUUUAUAGCCUACAGAGAUGCAGCCAUAACAAAUCAUUUGUGCAAAGGAAAGCUGCCUGUUAUAUCCAUAGAUGCUUGGUCUCCCAUUAUCAAUUGCCAAACAGGCUUAAAUGUAGGCGAAAUUAAGUGCUUACUGGCUGUGGGCAGUGAUGAACAAAUUAAAAACCUUAAAGAAUCAAGAGGCUUAUGCACAACAACUACUUUUACCGAGAAUUUAAUACAAGAUAAGGAUUUCAUAACCAAAUUACAACCUUUACAAAUACCCACAACUUCGAAAACUCAUGUUGCGGCUAAACAAAGUCUUUCCAAUGCCAAUGCACCCUUAUCGGCAGCAAAAAUUAAAAAAACCUCGGAUUUGUUGGACAUGUUACAAAAAGUUCUUAUGACCUCACCUGCAACAGCGACCGAUUGUCAACCGGCCAGGGCUCCACCUCCACCAUCCUUAACAGCAGUCGAUGCUAAACACUCGAGUGCAGCCACUGCUUUAACACCUUUAAAACCUUCGAACGUUAAACUUUUCAAAUUCUCUUUGGAAAUACAAAAGGCCAUAGGUCUUCCGUUAAAUCCAGCUUCGAAAGCUAAAAAAGGCUAUUCCAAGCGCAAUGCCUCUAAGCGUUUUCCGCCCAAUGAAGCACCCAGUUGUUAUGUUACAUUCCAAGCUGACGAGGGCCAAUAUCCAACAUACAAAUCUCAUGAGGGCAUGGUAUUUGCCACCAAUAUAGUGGAGAAAUCUACACAGCCACAGUGGCAGCAGCGUUUUCGUUUGGCCGCUUCCAUAGAUUAUUUGAAAAUUCCCCAAAAACUGUUCAUUCUAAAAGUAUUGAAAAAAUCUUCACUCGACAUGGCUCAAGGACGCAGCCAACCUACGCCCAUGGAAGAUGCCAUUAUUGGAUUAACAGCUCUUGAUCUAAGUGCAUUUGUAAGAGGUCUACACAUUGCUGGCACCUUUAAUAUAGUCGAUUUUAAUGGACGCAUUAACGGCCAGUUGUUAGUGCGUUGUCAACCUUUGGAGGAAAUACCCCAUGCAAUAACAGCUAACACAACAGCAGCUGCGGCAGCUACAGCUUCUACAUCAAGCGCAUCUUCAGUCGAUUCUGUAAUCGAUCAAUUUGAACAAACUUUAGAUUUGACGCAUUUAAAUCUCGGACAAGCUAUUAAACGUAAAUUUACCGAACUGGAAGGUAUAUCACAGCGCUUAAGAGUGCGUCUGGGAGAUGUAACUGGUACAGAGCUACCAAAACAAUUUGAUUUACAGGCCUUGAACGCCUGGCAGCCCUUGGACAAUGAGGCUAAUGAUAAUGAGUUUGAUGAAUUUGAGCAUGAUCUCAAUACAGCAGCCACAAGCGACGAAGAAGAGGCUUCUGCAGAUAGCAACAAGCCAGCCGAUGAUCAGAAGCAGCUAAAGGACCACAAAUACCAAGGGAAAACAGAAACUGACAAUGUGAAGAGCAGUGAAUAGUGUUUGUGGUUGCGACAUACCUUUGUUGUUUGUCAUCUCUGCACAUUAUUUAUAAUUGUUUUGCCCCUUAUAACCACCACCUCCUUACAUUAUCAAUAUUUUAGCAUAAAACCCUAUUCAUAGCACCUUUAUAAUAAUAAUAAUAAUGGCUUGCCUACUUUAGUAAACGAGUUGG